AUGCGACCGUUUUGUCAGUCAUCCAGCCAGUAUUUCCCUCGGUCAACUGGGAGUCCGUUCAGGGACUCUCAACUAUAUCGUGAGAAUCAUGGCCAGGACUUCGCUGAGCACGAUCGUCCCGAAGUUCGUCAAGCUUCAAAUCGAAACUCGCCUCGGCCUACCCCGUUCUCUACCGGUAGAAAUCCAACCAGCGAGCCGUACGACCAGCAACACAAUUCUGAUGGUAGCGAUGACGACCGCAAGGUCGCUGGACAUGUUCAAGAAUCCGUUCCUAGUUCAUACAGCAAGUCCUCUUAUCCCGAAACCACGACAAUCACCCGUCCGAGCUCCACGUAUACGAGCCGAGGCUCCAGAUACACCCCCUUCUCUACAACGACCGAGGCAUCUCAAGUAAUAUGCGCUCUGAGCGAAGCCCGGGGUGUCACUCCGUCCGUCGGUGCCGCAUUUGUCAACAUUUCGACCAGCGAAGUUAUUCUCACCCAUAUAUCUGACUCUCAGUUCUAUUCCAAGACCAUCCACAAGCUGCAUGUGCUAGAGCCCUCUCGUAUCCUUCUUCUCGCUUCUGCUGGUUCAGCAAAUCCCAAGUCUCAUAUGCGGCCCAUGAUAGAGGAGAAUGUCCCCUCUGCUCGGAUCAUCUUCUUUGACCGGAAACACUGGUCAGAGUCUGCGGGAGAGCAGUACCUGGACACCCUGGCUCCCCGAGACGAUGCAGAAACCGUCAAGGUCGCCAUCCACGGGAACUUCUAUACCACUUGCGCCUUUGCUGCUGCCAUGAAGUACCUAGACCUGGAAUUAGCCAUCAGGGUGGUGCCGCACUCUCUCCGAGUGAGGUAUGAGCCUUCUGAAGAUACAAUGAUGAUCGACGUGUCGGCUAUCCGGUCUCUGGAGCUACUCCAAAAUCUCCGCAACCCUGGAUCCAAGGACUGCCUGUUCGGUUUGUUGAACCACACCCGAACACCGAUGGGCGCUCGCCUGCUGCGAAGCAACAUAUUACAGCCCUCGACCUGUCUGGAUCCUGUACUCAAACUACGUCAUGACGCGGUUGCGGAGCUUACGUCGUCGGAAGAGAUUUUCACAGCUGUCCGCAACGCACUCAAAUCCUUCCCCGAUGCAGAACGAGUUUUGACCAAGUUGGUUUUGAUCCCCAAGAAGCCGAGCUUGAGCGCGGCAGAGUAUGCCAUCAACGAUGUGGUCUUGACGAAGACCUUUCUAGACGCAGUUCCAAACAUUUACGAGGCCUUGGCGUCUGCUGAAUCUGAUCUCUUGUGUCAGAUACGGGGGAUUUGCGGACCGGACCUGACAAAACCGGUCCGGGAGAUGAUCGCUGAAGUGAUUCAAGAAGACAUCGCUCUCAUGAAAUCACCUCUCGACAUGCGGAAUGCGCGCAUGUUUGCCAUCAAGCCAACGAUCGACGACCUUCUUGAUGUUGCUAGAUACGUGUACAGAGACGUGACACAAGACAUUCAUAGCUAUGUUGCUCAGUUGAGUGAGGAGCUGGGCGUGGCAGCGCAGCUCAAAUAUGACCCCGGCAGGAAGUACUGGCUCCAGUUCCGAGCUGUUGAUUUUGAGGAUAGGGGCAUCCCCGAAGUACUGGUCAAUCGGGUCGUAAAAAAAGGCUUCCUCGAGUGCCUGACGCUUCGUCUAAAGCAACUUAACGCUCGUGUACAGGAUGCUGUGGACGAAACACUCAUCCGCGGAGACCAGGCGAUCCAUGACCUUCUCGACAGGAUUCGGACACAGAUCCAGCCCAUGUUCCGAGUGUGUGAUGCCGUUGGAAUGCUCGACAUGUUGGCGUCAUUCAGCCACGUCGUCACGUUGCGAGACUAUGUACGGCCGGACAUGACAGGGACGCUCGCAAUCAAGGCGGCACGGCAUCCUAUCCUGGACAUGAAAAUGUACGACCAAUUCGUUCGGAACGACAUCUACUCGACGGAGGAGUUCCGGUUCAAGAUCAUCACGGGGUGCAACAUGGGCGGCAAGAGCACAUACAUUCGAACAGUGGCCCUCCUCCAGAUCAUGGCACAAAUAGGAUGCUUCGUGCCGGCGCACUAUGCGGCUUUCCCGAUUAUGGAGAGCAUAUUUGUGCGAGCAUCGACUGAUGAUGACCUAACCGCAAACUUGUCCACGUUCUCAGUGGAGAUGCGGGAGAUGGCAUUUAUUCUGAGGAAUAUCACCCGAAAGAGUCUCGUCAUCAUAGAUGAGCUGGGGCGAGGGACGUCGACACGAGAUGGGCUCUCGAUUGCCAUAGCCAUGGCCGAGGCGUUAAUUCAGAGCCGGGCAUCUGUCUGGUUUGUGACACACUUUCACGAUCUUGCUGAGGUGUUAGUGGAUCGUCCCGGGGUGAUGAAUCUGCAUUUAGCAUCAAGGAUCGAGUCCAAUCCGGGGGAUGGAAUACCACGGAUGAAAAGGCUGUUUAGCGUGGAAACGGGGAAGACCGAAGAUGAACACUACGGAAUUAUGCUCGCUAAGCAGGUCGAUCUUCCUCCUGGGUUCAUCGAGAAAGCCGAAGAAGUGGCGAGGAGCCUUCAGCAAAAGCGAGCAUCUGACAAGAACGACCCGAACGCGUGGAAAGUAGUCAACAGACGCAGGCUGGUGCUCCAUCUGCACGAACAGCUCAAACUGAUUCAUGCCUCCGGCAUGGAAGGGAAGCGGCUCGGGACCUACCUGGGGCAGCUUCAGGAGGAGUUUGUGAUGAAGAUGGCGGCGGUGGAAGAGGGACGCGAUCUCUCGGCCGAGUGUUCGGACGAAACGGGAGACCCAGAGCCGAUGGAAGUGGACGAGGGAGAAGACAAUUCGGAAGAGGAAGAGGUCUACGCUGAAGAUGGACGUGGAUUUGAUGACGAGGGGAUUGAUGAUACGACAUUGAUGGAGGUCGGGCCGUGA